CCUGCCCGCCGGCCCUGUCCCGCCCCGCAGCCCGCCGAGGCGGCCCGGCUCCUGUGCCCGCCGCCGCACCGCGCCUCAGCCCGCCGCGCCGGAGCGCAGCCGAGCCCCAUGGCCCGCGAGGAGGCGGCGGUGGCCGGCGAGGAGGUGGCGGCCGAGGGGGGCGGCCUGCUGCUGGAGAUCGUGGGCUCCCCGCUCAACCUGAGCCUGCUGGGCCUCUGCCUCUUCCUGCUUUACCAGAUCCUGCGGGGCGAGCGGCCGGCGGCGCCGGCGGGGGAGGCGGACCCGCCGCCGCUGCCCAAGAUGAAGCGCCGCGACUUCACGCUGGCGCAGCUGCGGCCCUACGACGGCGUGCGCGACCGCCGCAUCCUCAUGGCCAUCAACGGCAAAGUCUUCGACGUGAGCCGCGCCAGGAAGUUCUACGGGCCCGGGGGCCCGUAUGGGAUUUUUGCUGGAAGAGAUGCAUCCCGAGGUCUUGCCACCUUCUGCCUGGAUAAGGAGGCUCUGAGGGAUGACUAUGAUGACCUCUCUGAUCUCAACGCUACACAGCAAGAGACCUUGAGGGACUGGGAGUCACAAUUCACUUUUAAGUAUCACCAUGUUGGUAAGCUGCUGAAGGAAGGGGAGGAACCCACUGUGUACUCUGAUGAAGAAGAAAAAGAUGCCCAAGACACAAAGAAAGACUAGAGAGUACAGUGAGGAACAAUCUGGUUUUUGAAUCGUAAAGGAUCGUUUGUAACAUUCCACUUCUGUUUUACAAGUUGCAACAGCAGCAAUGCUUACAAAAGGUCCAGAGUUACAGCGAAUUGUUGCUUUUCAAAGGUUUCCUUUUAAAAUUCAGUGGUAAACUACUAAAAAUCUAAGAUCUGUCUUACUUUAAACCUGCAUAAUCUGACGUAUGCAUGAGAAAUGCCUGUGCACAAGUAAACUGCAAUUUUGGCAAUAAAGGACUAUUAAUGUUUUUCUUCUAUCACCAUUUAGCACAGAGUAGGUUGAAAUCCAGUUUUUCAUUAACAACCUAGUAACUGUGGACACAAGCACAAGAGUAAAACUUCACACAUGCAACACAAAUUCCACUAAAUCUUGUUUUGUGUUAGCUUUUGCAGGAUCUGGGCCCCAGGCUGUAUUUCCUUUAGAAAAGGGACUAUAUUUUAUUUGUCCAUGAAGCAUCAUACUCAUUUGUGGUGCAGAGUAAUUCAAUAUUAUGUAAGGUAAUUUGGCUUUUAAGGAGUUACAUAGUGGUUUACAGAUGAAACACUAACUGCUUUAAAAAAUAAGAAUUUUUUAGAGGUUAAAUCACUUUUAGAUACUUAAAAAAUUAAUAAGGACUAAUGAAUACUUGAUGUAUUCAGUCAUGCAUAAUUAUGCAUGGAUUAAUAUUCUUUAUUCACGUUUAAAGCCCAUCUGAAGUGCUACAAAGGAUUAGAUAUUGAGUGCAUUACCUGAAAACCAGGUACACCAUGAAGCGUAACUCAGCUGGACUACUACUCAUUCACUUUUCCUCCUAACAAAACUUUUCUGUGAUUGUUAAUGAAAUUAUAUUAAAAGGGGAAGAUCAGCUGCUGUCAAUUCCUAGGCCUAAAAAAGAUGACUUGCUGGUAUGGCAUAGUUUACAAGUACUCUUGUACACGCAGCUUUAACUAGCAGAGUAAUGUUACUGGUCAGUGUAACUUACACAGUUUUCCUGCACAAAAUAACAUUGUGUAAGCUGUUUCUGUGUUGAGGCCUUUGUUGCUUUGGAACAUUGCCAUUAAAGAAACGGCACAAUCCCAUGCAUAAUCAGCAAUACUAUACCUGGGGGAACCUGUCCUUUGAAUUGCUUUUUACUUACUUGCUCUCUUAACUUACAUCUAUGCUUAAUUACUAGUCUCCUGCCAGAGGGGGCUGGGUAAACAGAUUUGACCAAGAAGAAAAUGUCGAUGUGCUCCAUCACUAUCUAAAAUACUUCUGCAAAACUUUCUUAGAAAUUCCAAGAAGGUAACUAAUGAUUUGCUGAUCACUUGUAAAUGUGUUUCUUGUCCAGGUGAUUAUGCUUGGGUGCCUGUCUGGGGUAGUUCCCCCCUAUGUAGUUUCGCUGUCCAGUUGAGUUGUUUCAAUUUGGCAACAUAACCAAAAUGAUGAGUCCUGAGUGGGAAGGUGUAAACUGGGCCAAAUUGUUUGGAAGCAGAGUGCAUUGCACAACAGCAGCUUUCGUGAACAAGCUGACACAACGCGUUAAAAGUGCCUGAGACCAUCUGUGGUGAGAAUGAAUGACUUUCCCUCAGUCCUAACACUGUCAUGGCAUUUUCUUCUGGUUACACUGGGCCUUCAAAUGAAGAUAGCUUGUGUAAAGUGGUACUGUGUGAACUACCUAACGAAGGUCUGGAGACGAAUUUAAAUCUUGUCACAACCUUUGUGUUGCUGUUUUUUUAGAGACAUUUGUAAUACUCUUUGCAAAGUACUACUAAUGGUUUACCUCAAAUCAGAAAUACGCUUUUAAGCCAGAAAAUAAAAUACUCUUGUGUAA